CAAUAUGGAGAUGCCAAAGAAGUGGCUUGAACUUUGGCCAGAGACACAAGAAGUGAUCCAACGGGCAAUUCUGCAUGAAUCCACGCAAAUAAGUCAAAAUGGUGGAAUGUGUGAGAAGUGGUGCAACCAUGUUGUCCAACUCUAUGCAGACUACGUUGGUAUUUGUCGCAAUUUAACACUCUUGGUGAACAAUCCAACGUGUCAGGAGCAAAUGCCGCAGACUCUUCUGCAACUACUUGACUCGGUGACCAGACGUUGGCUCUUUUGGCAUAAUGAAUUGCAAAUUGUGAAUACCAUUGCACCGGGGAACAUCGACAGCACCCUAAUUGCCCACAAACUCAUCCCAAAUAAUUUCCAUCUCCAACUUCCGGGUGCUACACAAAGUGGGAAUCAAGGGGUUGGGCGACUAGCUCGGGAUAUCCUGUGUGAGGAAAUACUUGGUGCAGCAACCCAAGAGCAGAGGAAUGUUGAUGCUGGGAAGUUGCAGCACAAAGAGGUGGCAAAGGAGAUACCAAUUGAUGAGGAAUUAGUUACAAAAUUUCAGCAAAUUGUUAAUGCUCUCAAUGAAUAUGCUGAAAGAAUUGGACCCAAAGCAGAAGAGUUCUUAAAAUAUCCUUUAAAAUUGAGUCAAGAAGAAUCACAAUUUGCUCCUCGGAUACUUCUUCAAUCACCUUUUGCGGAGAAGAAAAAGGAAUCUGUGCUGAAAUCUUUAAAUCAGGAUCGUCCACCUUUGCUUUGUGAGUUAAUUGAGAAGCCAAAAACACCAAAAAGCAUCAAGAAGACCAAAAAGACUAAAAAGAAGAAGGUGGUAGAGCCUCCAAAAUUACCCACCUCCAAGAAGCAACCGCCAAAGAAGGAAGAAGAGGAAAUUGUGAAAAAUCCUAUUGUUGACAAUUUGCAGAAUCUCCUGGAAAUGUGCAAGAACUUUGAAAUGGUAAGCAAUGCACCUCUCAGAGUUCUCGGAAAAUCCCCAGCUUCUCAGCAGAAAAAUCCCACUGAAGAGGAGCUUUCAGAGCUUCGACAAUGGUGCAAGUUUGGCCUUGAACAAGGGAUCAUCAGCUAUCGUCAACAAGAUGAAAAUCUUCAGUCUUUUGUGCUUGAAAGCUUCACCACGGAAGUCUUGAUAAAGAAUCAAUUGCGUUUCCUCCAAUUCUCCCUCUGCAAUUGGGUUGAUUUUGCAACACCCACACCACUGUGCAUUGUGGGAGAACCUGGAACGGGAAAGAGGCAACUCAUUGAGCGUUUUGGAGCAGAAACGAAUUCAGUUAUUAUUAAUUUAACAUUACUAUUGGUGGAUCAUAAGAAGGGGAAAGUGGAGGAAUUUCUCAGUUUUCUCUUCAAAAUUGCCAAAUUCCUCCAACCAACAAUUCUCCUCCUCGACAACAUGCACACAGUGUUACCCGUGAAGAAGUUGGGGAAGAAAAUGGAUACACUGAUGAGGCAAAUGAUGAAGCGUUUGACCAAAGAAAUCAACAAUGGAGCGAGAAUUCUUCUUGUGGGGCUAACCGAUGAACCCUGGCGGGUGAAGCGCAUUCGAAGCACCUUCAGUACCACCAUUUAUCUCCCACCAGCAGACUACUCCACCCACUUUUUCGUAUGGUUAGCCCUACAGGGGAUGCCAGAGUACUAUCAAGAGUACCUAAGGGCCGUCAUGGUGUCCCCCCUGACAUGGGCCACGAGGGAUCUCUCAAUUGCCACCGUCAUUGAGGUUGUCGCCCAAAGUUACGUGGCGGAAAGAAGUUUGCGGAGUUCAACAGAAGCAUCCCAAUUUGUACUUCAUCUCGCGCAAGCCGUAAAAAAUCUCAUCACUCGCAAUGGUGUUCAGUACGUGGUGUCUGCAUUGAAGCGGAAGAAGAUGAAAGCCUGGAUCGUUGCUGGAGCAAUCGGUGGUGGUAAAAGGAAGGGUUCCCGGAAAUCCAAGAAAAUUGCAAACAGAAGGCGAAAUUGAUUGACAAGCGGCGGGAAGGGGCAGCAUUACACACAUUUUGAUAGGAGAGAGAGUGAAGAAAAAAAAAGAACGAAAAUCCACCAUUCAGGAAAAGAAGUAAAUUUGGGGAAGGUCUGACGCAUAAAAUUCUGCAUAUUCUCCGUGGCAUCUUUAUUGAUAUUGUUGUGUGUGAGAAAUUUGAUGUUUUAUGUAAGUAUGUUGCGUAUAUAAAAUUCCUAGCAAAAGGG